AAAAUUGUGAGUUAUUCUAAUUUAGACGUGGCUAAUUAAUCUGAUAUUUAGUUGGAAUAAGACUAGUAUUUGGAACACAAGAUGAAGUUAUUAGCUUUUCUCAGUGUUUUUAUAUUCAACACAGUUAGUUCACAAUAUCAAGGUUUUCAAGACAGACGAGAGAGAUAUUGUACAUAUGGUGAUAAUAUGUACAGACAUGGACAAGUUGUUACAUUACCAAGAAGUCCUUGUGCUACAUUCAGAUGUGACUACAAUACUUUACGGUUGAUCACACAAGAAUGUGUUGACAGAAAAGGACAGUGUAAACGUGUUGGUGAAAGAUGGACAGAAUCCUGCGUGUCCUAUAUUUGUCAGACUAAAAAACGAAACAACAGACAGGAGUACCAGGCUGUUAUAUCUAAUAUGCUGUGUACUGAUUCAAACGAGCAGUGUCGACAGCCUGGUACCCGCUUUCCAUUUAGAAUCGGCAGCAGGGUGUACAGAUCCUGUACUUGUAGGACAUGGCUCGAUAAUCUUACACAAAAGAUCAAAUAUUUCUGUUAAAUACAUCUUCAAAAUUGUGGUUGUAAUAUAAUAAGAAUAAUU